AUUGUACUUCAUACGUCCUAUCUAGCUCUUCUUCCUCUCUAUUAUCUUCACGCUCCUCAUGUGAGCUAGUAUUUAAACAUUUAGUUAUUCACACACAUCACCUCUGCGCGCGGCCAUCACAUGGUUAAGAUACCAAUUAUUUUCAGUUUCCAAAUCCUUUGGAUAGCAUUAUUUCCAUCCCCGAGGAAUUCGAAUAAGAUUAUACAUUAGCUUCAUGUUUUAUUAACCGCAGUGUUGUGCUUCCUCGCCCGUUUACCCUGCCUUGCCGCCAAUUAGCUUAGAAAUAAACGAAUACCCUCUUGAUCCAUCGCUAUGAGGUUGUAUCUCUGGCCGGCCCUCGUGGCCUUAAUUCUGACCAUCGUCGAUGCUUCAACGUUGACACCUCCUGUGUUGCCAUUGAUAGUACGGAAUCCAUAUUUGAGCUUCUGGUUUGCGCAUUCCCGAGAUGCUCCGUGGGAGAAUUGGCCGAUGUUUUGGACUGGUAGCACUGUUGGUUUUGCCAUAAUGGCCGCUGUGCCUGACAACAAGACUGUUUACCCCCUGUUAGGCCGCUCCCAAGACUUUUUAAGGCAGUCUUCUAGUUACACAGUCUCUUUCCCUCAAUAUGACGGUGCUACCUUUGACGCCUCUACUACAAAUCUCACAUAUACUCUCCCAGGCUCCGACGUGAGACUCAUCCUCUCGUUCUUAUCUCCUAUUACACCCACCUCGACACUCAGACAGUCCCUGCCGGCGGGGUAUUUAACAUGUAUCGUCGAAGGAUCGUCGGAUGUCAGUCUCUACGUUGAUAUAAAUGGUGAAUGGGCUAGCGGUAACCGUGACAAUAAGAUUGAGUGGACUCUUGCUAGAACCGAAAAGAGUAAUGCGGCGAGGACACCUAUUAAGACGUGGAGCAUUACGCGACGGCACGAACAGCAUUUAACCGAAUUCUUUGAUCAUGCUGAAUGGGGGACUGUCCAUAUCUCUGCCCCAGCCGACGUUGAGCAUCAAUCGGGCGAAUCGAAUUAUAUAAGGCGCCAGUUUGCAGAGCACGGAUCUUUAAGGAAUAAGGUCGAUGAUUCUUAUCGUGGAAUUUUCGAAGAUGAACCUAUCUUCGCCUUUUCUAAAACUUUCAAGCUUAGCAAGAAGUCGAAAAGUUCGGCUGGGAUUACUAAGGACAGUGUCAUCUUUACCUUUGCCUUGACUCAAGACCCAGUUGUUCAAUUCGCCUCAGCCAGAGGCUUGACUUGGAUGAGACCCUUGUGGGCUUCCUAUUUCGCUACCGCGCAAGAAAUGCUACAGUACCACUACGAUGAUUAUGACACGGCUGUAUACCUUGCUACUGAUUACUCCGAACAGCUUGCUAAGGAUGCAUAUGCUUCAGGCUCUCAGGAUUAUCAAGACAUCGCGGCGUUAUCAGCUCGUCAAGUAUUAGGAGCAACGCAGUUUUCUGGAACCCCAGAUAGCCCCAUCAUUUUUCUCAAGGAAAUCUCAUCGAACGGGAAUUUCCAAACUGUUGAUGUCAUUUUCCCAGCAUUCCCGUUUUUCUUAUAUACAAAUCCGCAAUGGUUAGCGUAUUUACUAGAGCCCCUUCUGGAGCAUCAACUUAGCGGCCAAUAUCCCAACGAUUACAGCAUGCACGAUCUUGGAACCCAUUUCCCAAAUGCGACCGGACAUGGGGAUGGUCUUGAUGAGUAUAUGCCCGUCGAGGAGUGCGGUGAUAUGUUAAUUAUGGGUCUUGCGCUUGUCAAUGCCUUAAGGGAUAAUACGCAACCUGCGUUCGCCCGAACCACGCAUCGAGAGGCUUUGCCGCUAAGCUUAGAGUCCGAAAAGCGUUCUGUUCUAGUCGACCCCUACGGAAUGGAUCGUACCUGGGAAGAUAUGGGCACAACUGGUGAACAUGCUGCAGCUAAAUGGGUAAACCGCUCGUAUAAACUGUGGAAGCAGUGGACGGGCUACCUCAUUCGAGAGUCGCUGAUCCCCGCCAAUCAACUAUGCACCGAUGAUUUUGCUGGUUGGUUGGCUAAUCAAACGAAUUUAGCUCUUAAAGGUAUCAUUGGUAUCAAGGCCAUGAGUGAGAUUGCCAACGUCGCCGGCAAAGAAACGGAAUCCAAGUGGUAUAGUGACAUAGCCGGCGAGUACAUCGAUAAGUGGCAAGACUUUGGAUUGUCUAGAGAUAAAACGCAUGCGAAGCUAGCAUACACUUGGUAUGGAUCAUGGACAACCCUCUACAAUAUUUUCGCCGAUGCAUUGCUUUGCUUCCACUUGCCCACAGAUACGUCAUCUCUAGGGUCGAGCAGGUUGCAGAGUUCAGAGCAACAACCCAUAACCAACGGAGUUAGGACGGCUGCAAAAUCGGCAUUCAUUCCAGACAAAAUUUACCAGAUGCAGAGUGACUGGUACCAUGCGGUUCUCCAGAGAUAUGGCUUGCCACUGGAUAGUCGCCACUUGUACACGAAGAGCGACUGGGAAUUCUUCGCGGCUGCUGUGACGAGCAAGAAAGUGCGAACCGAAAUCCUACAGAACGUUGCGGCAUGGGUCAACGAGACAGUGACUGAUCGGCCACUGACGGAUCUUUACGAAACGGAGGGCGAUGGAGGGUUUCCUGGACCUAACUUCAUGGCUCGUCCGGUAGUAGGAGGUCAUUUUGCAUUUCUCGCAUUGGAGAGAGCUUGUGGUGGAAGAGCAAUGGAGGGUUUGAAAUUUUUAGAUGAAACGGACCCUGUGAGCAUCAAUGUCGAGCAAGCACUGAAUGCCGAUAUGAUAGAGAACGAAACAGAGAUAGGCGAGUUGUAAUGGCUCCCUAGGUAGGUACCUACAUAUAGAUAUGUAGGUGGUCAUACUAGUAAAACUGCCUGCUCACUGCUAGUUUCAUUCGAUCGUCAAAUGCGGACGUACUUGGGUACAUAAGGUACUAUAAAAUAUAAAAGGAAAUAAAGACGCACCUACCAUGUGUUAUACGUGUAAUUAUAGAAACCUUGGAGGAUUUCAAGAUAAAUGAUGUAGAUGGU